AUGCUGGAGCAGGAAUUGGCCAACAUGAUCGAGGUGUUCCCCAUUUUGGGAAUCCACAAGGCCAUUCUCAUUGGCGACAUGGUCAGCGAGGACUAUUCGCCCAGCAGCAGCAUCGAUUUUGUUUUUGUGCACGAGACCGACCGUCCCUUUGGCCGCCGGGCCGAUUUCUUCUCCUAUCACAUUGGCUCACAGGUGGGGAUGACGGCUCAGGUUUACACUCCAGAGGAGUUCGACGAGUUGAAAGACACGCUGCCGGCGCUGUAUCGGGCCUGCACACAAGGAAGGGCGGAGCGCGACCUGGAAGAUGCCAGUUUCAACCGGCAGGGCGAGCGGUUCAACGUGGCCUGUUUCCUGUGUCAGCAGGCCGCUGAGAAAGCGGUGAAGGCGUACCUGUAUCGGCGGGGCGCCGAGGACGUGUGGGGCACCUCUCUAAUCGACCUGUGCGAGGACGCCAAGAUUUUCGAGAUGUUUUUCGACACCAUCAAGGCUGAAGCGCGCCAGCUGGACAAGUACUACGACAUUACGCGCUAUCCGGCGUUCCUGCCGAGCGGCAUACCAGCCGAGGCGUUUGACGAUGUGGACGCCGAGCGCGCGAUGGAGUUGGCCGGUAUCGUGGUCGACUUCGUGGCGCAGCGCAUCAACUGA